UCAAACACGUGCAUUUCAUUUGUUUAUUUUUAGAAAACAUUAAGUAUUAAAAAUCUAAUUAAAAAUAAUAUUGAUUUAAAAAUGGUAAAAAAAAAAAUUGAUAAUAGAAUACGUGUUAUGAUUGAAAAUGGGGUUAAAUUAGGACAUCGGACUAUGUUCUUUAUUAUCGGGGAUAAAGCCAGAGAUCAGGUACCAAUCCUGUAUGAUAUAUUGUGUAAAUCAUCCGUUAAAUCUCGGCCAAUAGUUUUAUGGUGUUAUAAAAACAAGGACGAGGCCAUUUCAAGUCACGGUCAAAAACGAAUAAAAAAAAUCAAGGCGGGCAAAAUAGAUAUAAACGAUACUGAUAUGUUUGACGCAUUUAGAGUUUCCACAACUAUUCAUGGUCGAUACUAUUCAGAUACACACACUAUUUUAGGUAAAACAUAUGGAGUAUGUGUUUUACAGGACUUUGAAGCUUUAACUCCUAAUCUGAUGGCUAGAACAAUAGAAACUGUCGAAGGUGGUGGUAUGAUUAUUUUUUUGCUUAAAACAGUACAAUCUUUAAAGCAGUUAUAUACAAUGUCGAUGGAUGUUCACAAAAGAUUUCGAACUGAAGCACAUCAGACUGUUACGUGUCGUUUUAAUGAAAGAUUAAUACUUUCUCUAGCAGAGUGCAAACGAUGCUUGGUGUUAAACGAUGAAUUAGCUGUUCUCCCAAUAAGUUCUAAAACUAUCGAAAUUCAACCCGUAAAUGUUGCUAUAAUUAAAAACGAAAAAUGUGAUAUGUUAAAAGAUCUAAAAGAAAAUUUAAAAGAGGUAGUUCCAGCGGGACCUUUAGUAAACUUAUGUAAAACCUAUGAUCAAGCAAAAGCAAUUAUCCAGUUAAUAGAGCUCUUAGCAGAAAAACAGUUAAAACCACCUACAUGUGUAACAGCAGCAAGAGGUAGAGGUAAAUCUGCAGCUAUGGGAUUAGCAAUAGCUGCAGCUAUAAGUUUCGGUUAUGUAAACGUUUUUGUAACAUCACCACAUCCAGAAAACUUAAUAACCUUAUUUGAAUUUGUGCUAAAAGGUUUUGACGUUCUUGAAUACCAAGAACAUAUAGAUUACACAAUAGUCCGCUCUACCAAUCCAGAUUUUAGAAAAGCCAUUAUAAGAAUAAAUAUUACUCAUGGAAAUAAACAAACAAUACAAUAUUUUUUGCCAACUGAUGGACAUCUCCUCAAUUCUGCAGAUUUUGUAGUGAUUGAUGAGGCAGCAGCUAUUCCGUUACCACUUAUAAAAAAAAUGCUAGGAUCUUAUGUUGUUUUUAUGUCGUCUACCAUAAAUGGUUAUGAGGGAACUGGUCGAUCAUUAAGUUUGAAAUUAUUUAAUCAAUUACAAAAAGACAAUAAUGCGCCACCACCCAUUAAACUUAAUGACUCCAUAAGGUACAAUGCAGGUGACGACAUUGAGGAAUGGUUGAUUUCGUUGCUUUGUUUAAACGCCGCAGAUUUGCCAUUUAUUGAAUCGAGUUGUCCAUCUCCAGAUACUUGUGAGCUGUAUUAUAUAGACCGGGAUGCAUUAUUUUCAUAUCAUAAAGCGGCUGAGUUAUUUUUGCAUAGAAUUGUUUCAAUUUAUGUCGCUUCACAUUAUAAAAACAGCCCAAAUGAUUUACAAAUAAUGAGUGACGCUCCUGCUCAUAAUUUAUUUUGCUUAGUAGGACCUGUGAAAAAGAAGGACCAACUUCCAGAGCUUUUAUGUGUUAUACAGAUCGCUUUGGAAGGAAAAAUUUCGUCCAAAAGCGUUAAGGAAUCAUUUUCGAGAGGGAAAAAAGCUGCCGGAGAUUUAAUACCUUGGACUAUAGCCGAACAGUUUCAAGAUAGUGAAUUCCCCAAUUUAUCUGGAGCAAGAAUAGUUCGUAUCGCAACACAUCCAAACUAUCAAAGAAUGGGAUACGGUAAAAGGGCUUUGGAAUUGUUACGUGAUUAUUAUGAAGAAAAAUUUACUAAUUUAGAUGAAAACUACGAGCAAUACAUUGUUGAUGGAAUUAAAGAAAUUGAGGAAAAUGAAGUAAAUUUACUGCAGGAAAUUAUUAAACCAAGAGAGAAUAUUCCCACACUGCUUAAACGUCUAACAGAGCGAGCUGCUGAACCCUUAGAAUAUUUAGGAACUUCUUAUGGAUUAACAAAGGAUCUCUUGAAAUUCUGGAAGUCUCAAAAAUUCAUUCCAGUUUAUAUAAGCCAGAAGGAAAACGAAUUAACAGGGGAGCAUUCUUGUAUAAUGAUAUCCGAUCUUACAAAAGGUGGUAGUAGCACUAUAAACGGUAAUUGGUUAUCGUUAUAUUUCCAAGAUUUCCGGCGGAGAAUCAUUAAGUUAUUAUCAAGCGCUUUUAGAGGCUUGCCUACUCACCUAAGUUUAUCAGUAUUAGAUAACAAAGCAGUUAAAAUAGAUGAAAUAAAAAUUGAUGCAACCAUUUUAAAUAUGUACUUUUUACCGCACGAUUUGCAAAGAUUGGAAGCAUACGCCAAAAAUCUAGUCGAAUAUAAACUUAUAGCUGAUUUGUUUCUUAGCAUAGCUCAGUUGUAUUUUGAAUGUAAAUUACAGAGCAUUAAACUUGAUGCCUUACAAAAGGCAAUUUUACUAGGCAUAGGAUUACAAGGUAAAACAGUUGAUAACUUAGCCAAGGAGAUGAAUUUAGCUGGGAAUCAAAUAUUAGCUAAAUUUCACGACUUAUUAUCGAAAAUCAGUAGAGAAUUUCAUCAGAUUCUUAAAGGGCAAAUUGAAGAAACAAUAAUUGAUCAUACAAAUUUUAGUGAAAAAAUCAGCCCACUAAAAGAUUCCUUAGGAGAUGAAUUAGACGAAGAAGCAAAAUUGUUGGCUAAAAAACAAAAGGAGCAAUUAAGGGCAUUGAAAAGAAGCGCUUUGCAGAAAUAUGUAAUUAAAGGGACUAAUGAAGAAUGGUCAAGUGUUCUACAAAAAUCAAAGUCAUGUGUUGUUUCUUUAAAAACUGGUGCAAAAAAUUUGGACACUGAAAAUGAGAAGGAACCGCCCCAGCCAAAGAAAAUGAAAUUUAAAAAUCAACGAAAACAUAAAUAAAACAAGGAAAAAUAUCAAAUUAUCUGUCUUUUGAAAUAAAUUAUACCUUAAUUAUCUAUUGAAAUAAAGUAAUUUUUUGACGAGAA